AUUAUCUCAAUAAAAUAAAUAUUUAUUCAUUUUCAUAUAAAGCUGCGUAAUACUGAUAAAUAUAUAAAGCUGAAUAAUUUCAUUUUGGCUAACAAAUACCAAAAUGGGGCCACACGCGCAAGUCAACAAGAACCGCCCUUUUCACUUCAAUGUAGGCGAAGUUGUUGCCCCAUCCAUAACCCUACUAAUACCCCAUGCAUAUCUGACCUAAGUUUACAACGUUCGUUACCAGGUGCUACUUCAGUGAUAUUGUGAACUGUCUCUUAAUGCAAAGAAACUUCAGAACAUUGGCUUAAAUUAUUGACGGUUUUUCUGUGAAUUGAAAAAGUGAGAUUAAAAUGGACAGAAUUAAUGGAUGGCAAAGUUAUGCAACAAUUUGUCGGUUGUGCCUUCAGAAAGAUGGUUUCAUGUUUGGCAUUUUCAAUCAUAAUAGUGGAAAUGAGAAAAGUUUGUAUAAAAAAAUUGUGGAUUGUACUGCACUUCAGAUAACGAUGGACGAUGGUCUCCCUAAUGUAAUAUGCCACCGUUGUUUGUACAAAAUAGAUUUUUGCCUGGAAUUUCGCCAACAGUGCUUCGUUUCUGAUGCCACCUUGAGGAGAAUCCAUGAAGAAAACGAACCGAAUGCGUCAAUGCCGCAUCCACUAUUAGGUUUCCACGAUCACAAUGCUGAAGUUGUAAUGGUUGUAGAUCCAAAUGUAGCAGAUUAUAAUUCAGAUAUAGAUGCUGAGGCUGAGGUUCCAAGUGAAAACGAUAACUCUAUUAUUAAUAAAACUUAUGGUUAUGGCUUUUCCAACAUAUCAAUGUGCAGAUACUGCGAUCAUGCAUUCAUGAACAAGGAAGAAUGUUGUUCUCACGAGGCAACAGCUCACAAUAAUGAAACACCUUAUUCUUGUAUUUCUUGCAAUGCAAACUUCGAGGAUCGAAUACACUAUCUAACACAUCUAAAGAAUGUACAUCAAGAUGAUAAACCGUUCAAAUGCCCACAAUGUUCUCGUACAUUUGCUAGAAGAUCUGAUUUAAGAAAGCAUACUAUAGUACAUACAGGCAUAAAGCCCUUUACCUGCAAAGUUUGCUUCAAAUCCUUCUCAAGGAAUACAAAUCUUUCUAAACAUAUGCGCAUUCAUUCAGGUCAUAAGCUGUUUUCAUGCAAAAAGUGUCACAAGAAAUUCCUGAGUAAGUCUGAUCUAGCAAAACAUUCAGUAUAUCAUUCCAAAGUGAAAACUAAAAAGGCACAGAUUUCAAAAAAGAAAUUACAACAGACAUUACCCAUUCAGGAAACUAUAAAUGGGGAAGAUAUCACUUCUGAAAUAAAUAAUACAAAUAAUGUUGGAACUGAUGGUCAUUCAGAAAAUAUGGUAAUCAGUGUUGAUCCAUUCAAUCAGGAUACUUUCCAAGAAGACGAAGAUGACGUUAUGUCCAAUUCUUCAAGAAUUUCUGAACACAAUGUUGGAUAUGAACAGAUUAUGUCCAAUAUUAACCAACAAGAAGAUUAUUAUUCCAAUGAUACUCAGGAACAUUCACAAAAACCUUCUCCAUCACGGCCUUUCGUUUGUAGUACUUGCAAGAAAUCUUUUAUGAGGAAGAGAGAACUGGAUAGACAUAUUCUUACUCAUACAGGCAUGAAGCCAUUUAAGUGUUCUAAAUGUGACAAAAGCUUUGGAAGAAAAGAUAAAUUAGUAAGACAUAUGAGGAUCCAUGAUGUAAACAAACAAUUUUCAUGUGAACUUUGUGACUUCACGUUUACACGCAAAGAAAGUUUAACGCAACAUCAAAAAGUUUACCAUACAAAUUAUCAAGAUGAUGUUUAUUAGUUUAAUUGUUGAAAUUUUGCUAUAUGAAGUUUUGUUGUAUAUAUUUUAUGAUAUAUAAAAGAAUGAUGCUUUGAUUAAUUCUUUUAAAAGAAACCCAUUUCUAUUUUUUGAAAUAAAUAUCUCAAAUAUAAAA